AUGUCGGAAACUUUACCCGACGGCCUCAUCGCUUUCGGACCUGAUGCCAACUGCACGCUCAGCCUUUGCCCGAUAGAAUGGAGUAUUCUUCAGUACAAGCCUUCUGUUCCCGCUAGCGGCAUCUUUAUCGGUUUCUUUUCUGCAGCCUUGGCCCUACAUGCCGUCCUUGGGUUCAAGUGGAAAACUUGGGGAUUCACAGCAAGCAUGAUCAGCGGUUGCGUUUUGGAAAUUGUCGGCUACGUAGGGAGGCUUUUCAUCUACGACAACCCUUUCGACUUUAAUGGGUUUCUCAUGCAAAUCAUCUGCAUCACAAUAGCACCAGUAUUCUUUUCUGCCGCCACCUACGUUCUACUCUCUCAAACUAUCAACUUCCUCGAUCCAUCAAUCUCACGAUUUUCACCUCGCCUGUAUUACUGGACCUUCAUCCCCGUGGACCUUGUCUCCUUGGUCCUGCAGGCUGUUGGGGGUGCCCUGUCCGCCGUCAGCGACACCAAAGCGGACGCAGACCAAGGCGUCGACAUCUCACUCGCUGGACUGGUGCUGCAAGUCGCUUCGCUUUCGGUAUUCUGCGGACUGUUUGCAGACUACAUCUUUGCCUACAAUCAGUUAAAGACUCGUCCUCCCAUGAGCAAAAGACUCGUCAUUUUUCUGAGUUUCUUGAGCGCCGGUACCUUGCUCAUCCUGGUGCGUUGCAUCUACCGUAUCGUGGAAUUGCACGAGGGGUACUUCAGUCAUUGGUUCCGAGACGAAACACUCUUCAUUGUGUUGGAGUCAUCUAUAAUGGUUUUGGCUGUUUUUUCAUUGUUAUUUGGACAUCCGGGUGUGGUAUUCAACAAGAAGGAGAGAGAAAGACUCGACACACACAACUUCCGCAACUUGGAGUCUCGUGACGACGCCAUACCGAAGCAUAAAAUCAAUGACACGACCACAGACGAUAGCGAAGCUCCAGCAAAUGAUCUGCCACAGGAGGCAGCAAAAGAAAAGUCGACGUCGGCCCAGCCGGUAUAG